AUGUCGGUUGGUCAUUCGUCAAAAUCCAAUAGCUCUAGAAUGUUGUCAUCUCUUAGAGAAAAACAUAAAACAUCAUUAUCUAUCAUCAGGUCAAACGAGUCGUUCGAAAGUUCAUUGAAACAUCAAUUUGGAUUGGUAUACACUGCACUUUGUGGCAAAUACAAAACACGACCCGUUCAGUGGGUGAAAUGUAGUGUUAAGAUGAACUCCAUUGAAAUAUUAGGUGAUAGUAUAAAAGCUGAAGAUUGGCAAGUCGCAAUGGAAGCUCUGAGCACUGAUACCAGUACCCAUCACGUGCGCAUAAAAAAUAAACGAUACACAGAAAAAUUGGCAAGAAACUAUGAUACAUUUGGUAGUGUCGUUGAAGCACCAAAAAACGUUCUUGCUGUGAGCACACUAUACGUGAUGCGACUGAUUGCUACUUCGGUUUACGAAGUUAUGAUCAAUACGACUGCACUGGUUUGCCUUGAACUGGAAAAUGUGCUGUUCGACGAACAAGCUCUAGGAACUAUCAUAUCAGGUAUCGACACCAACCAAACGCUCCAGCACUUAUCUCUGGCCUACAGCCGCAUCGGAGACGAUGCCUGUUUAUCGCUGUGCCGGGUGCUCAGGGACAAACCAAACAUCCGGUCCGUGGACCUGUCUGGAUGUUCCCUAAGUCGUGCUUCGGUUAAGUCCGGUCUGCUGGACGUGAUCAAAAAACAGCAGGUUAAGCGACACGAAGAAUGUUGGGCGCACUCGCUGAGGUACAGGUCCGCCAAUCCGGAUAUCAUGCACGGGCUAAGGAGGUUGACGCUCAACAACAACACUAGCAUUGGCGACGCUGGAUUGGCCGACCUGUUUGAGUCGUUAAAAGAUGACUAUUAUGUGAAAGCUGUGGAUCUGCAGAAUUGUGGGCUUACAGACCACGGCGCUCAGUUGGCGCUCUCCACGUUGAUGAUCAACAACUCUCUGGUCGUGUUGGACGUCCGGGAAAAUCCCACCAUAUCGUCAGCUAUGUUGGAAGCAAUUAUGAUCCAGUUGUACGAUAACAACGUAAACAAAACCGAGACAAAACAGUGGAAAUGGACCAAGCUCGGGCGGUAA